CGCAUAAACGGUCUUGGAUGGACAGUACAUGUAGCCAGUCCUGAAGCCAACAAAAAGAUGUUGAUGCGAACUGACAUCUUUCCAAAGUCAGACCCGCUUCCUGGAACAGACGGGACUUUGGCCAGCCGUUUCUUGCGUGGUCCAAAUGUCUUAUUAUUGAAUGGAGCCAGCUGGAAAACCCAACGCAAACUGAUGAAUCCAGCAUUUCAUCAGUCUAUUCCAGUAAACAUGUUUGGAGGAUUGGUCCAAAGAUUAUUCUCAGUAAUGGAAAACGAGACGGGGCCUAUUAAUGUUACCAAUCUUAUGAUGCGUUGGACGUUGGAUGUUAUUGGACAGGCAGGAUUUGACUUCGAUUUCCAUGCAACCGAUGAGCCUGAAAAUGAAUGGGUUCAGGUCUACAACAGCAUAUCAAAGGGAAUGGGAAAACCAUUGUGGUUCUUUUUCCCUGUGCUUGACAGAAAGUUCCUAUGGCUGUUUCCUGAGCGAAGGAAGUCUCAUAAAAGUCUUGAUCGCUUUUUGGAGAUGCUUGAUGGUGUGAUUGUCAAGAAACGCAAAGCACUAAAAGAAAAUAAGCGAAACCCUAGCAUGAAAGAUAACGAAAAGGAUCUAUUGACCCUUAUGCUCGAAGGCUCACAGACUGGAGGAGCUGCCCUGACCGACAGAGAGCUUCAGAGCAAUCUAUGCAUCUUCUUUUUUGCGGGACAUGACACGACAGCAAAUGCACUGUCUUUUAUAAUCUACUUCUUUGCAAAGUAUCCAAAAAUUCAACAAAGAGCAAGAGAAGAAGCCCACAAAAUUCUUGGGGAUGCACCACAAGAUGUGAUACCGACUGUAGAAGAAACAAAAGAUAUGACAUAUAUCAAUAUGGUCAUCAAAGAGACUCUCCGUAUCAAAGGCCCUGUUACAGCCAUUCCUGCUCGUCGAGCAGCGGAAGAUACCGAACUCGAAGGUGUUUUUAUUCCUAAAGGCACAUUGCUCACUUCUGAUAUAUACAACAUGCACCACAAUCCCAAGAUCUGGAAUGACCCCGAGACCUUUGACCCUGAACGCUUUAAAGCAGGAGGCGAAGCUGAUAUGCUAGCAAGUAGUGGAAUGCCUUGGAUGCCAUUUGGCGGUGGUUCUAGAUUAUGUAUCGGAAUGAACUUUAGUUUAGCUGAGCAGCGGGUGAUGAUUUCCAUGCUACUGCGUAAAUAUACAUGGAGACUCCCAGAGGACUCAAUCCACAAAGAU